GUGGAUUUUUCCUCUGCUUCACGGUUAGCAGACAAAAACGAAAUGGUCCCGUCGUCGUCAUUGUCAAUGUGGUGAAAAGGUUAAUAAGAAUUUGCUUUCCGCUGUUCUUCGUCAUCAUGUCCUUGUACCUGCUUCCACGUAUCGUCACCGGACCAGAUGCCACGGCAUGCUUCCAGAAGAUAUUUGAUGAAGUCACCAAUCAUUGGUGGCAGUUACUUCUACAAAUAAGAAACUUCUAUGAAACUACUGUUUGGGACGUGCUCGUCCACACGUGGUACCUGUCAGCGGAUUUCCAGCUCUAUCUGGUCUCUCUUCUUACGCUUUCGAUACUGCAAGGUCGCAAGAAGACGCUUCUGGCAGCAUUCGCCCUGUUCUCUCUCAUUGGCUGUGCUUCCUCAACGUGGGUCGUGGGGCGCCAGCAUCUGCUGCCGUUUAUGAUGUUCCCAGGCCCUGACGUGCCUUUGUUGACGAGAACACUGAGCGAGUUCUACACCCGGCCAUACUAUCACGCAGUCUGCUACUUUAGCGGCUGCGUAACGUUUCUUUUGAUGGGCGACUUCAAAAAGAGGAAUAUUACUACGGGUAUGCAGGUGGCAGCCUGGUGUGUGUCCGUGGGCUGCGGCUUAAUCUCGGUGUUCGCCAAGCUAGCGUGGUAUAGAAGCCCGAGUCCGACGUCUGAGGCAGUCACGCUCCUUGUGGCUUUCUUCGACCGCAUCCUGUGGUCCGUGUUCAUUGUCUGGUUCACACUGGCCUGUGCUUCAGGUCGAGGAGGCUUCGUCGGCAAGUUCCUGUCCUGGAACGUCUUCGUGCCCUUGAGCAAGCUUUCGUUUGGCGUGUACCUCAUUCACGUGCCCUUCAUCCAGGUCAUGCUCCAUGCGUCCAGGGAAAAAAUAUUGUGGUCCAAGUUUAACUUGGUCACGCUGUGGUUCUCGGUGCUAAUUUGGAGCUUCCUGCUGUCUUAUCUGACAUUCCUCGCUUGCGAAGCGCCGAUGGCAAAGCUGAAUAGCCUCAUCUUCGGCGGAAUCAUCGGAAGAGGAGAUGCUCGCAAACAGAAGCAACCAGAGCAGUCUACCUGAAAAAUUUGUAGUCGAUGAUGAAAACUGAAAGCAGAAUGCGAAAGUGACACUGUACCCGUGUGGAAACCACCCUCGGGAUGGCCGUACAAUCACCUGAGCUCUGCCCUAACUUCCCCGGGGCCUUAGUCCAGCGGGAGACGUAAAUAUCCAAGAAUAAUUUUUAGAAAAAGAUUUACAUUUGCAUUAGCUAGCUUAUAUUUUGUGU